AUGAGUUAUGCCUCGAACCAAAGCAACCUUAAGGACCAAGAUGCAUUUCACAGCGCAUACUCAAAGGAGAGUAAAGAAUGCACAAACAUUUACUUCAGAAAAAAUGAAAGCAGAAAAAUAUUAACAUGGAAUAAAUUGAAUGGAUCACCAAAUUGUGCCAAGACAAAUUAUAAAAAGAUGAACGAAAACGAUUCGGAUCAUGUGAAUGGUUCAGUUCAUAGAACAGGUUAUUGGAAUGAUGAAAAAGUUGUGUGUUUUCCUAGACGCACCGGAGCUGCAUCUGUGUUAUAUAAAAACCAUAUAUACAUAUUUGGAGGAUAUAGAUCAGAAAAAAGACUUAACGAUUUUUACAAAUAUAACAUUACAGAAAAUCAGUGGACUCAAUUAGAUAAUAAGAAUUGUCCAUCGAAAAGAGAAAAUAACCCUGCCUUUUUAUUUAAAGAUAAAAUGUAUAUAUUAGGUGGUUAUCAAGGAAAUGAAAUAUGGUUAAAUGAUUUUUAUUCCUUCGAUUUUAAUACAGAAAAAUGGGAAUUAGUUCAUGUUAAGAAGGAAAGUAUUAUAUAUUCACCCCCAUCAUUAUUUGGAUUUGCUAUAUCUGUUGAUCAAUUCAAAGGUGUCGUCUACCUUUUUGGUGGGUAUGAUGGAAAAACUGUACAUAAUAAAAUGUAUGCGUUUGAUUUAGAUGCAGAAAAAUGGAUUCAUAUACAACAAAGUGGUGAUGUACCAAGCCCAAGAUCAUGCGCCAUUGGACACAUAUCUGAUGGAUACUUUUACCUUUUUGGAGGAUAUAAUGGAGAGUAUGGAUUAAAUAUUUUUUACCAAUAUCAUUUAGAUACAGGUAUUUGGACAAGAAUGAAAUAUAAUAUGAAUGAUAAUAUAAAACAUUUUAGAAAUACUAAAGAAAAGGAAAAAAGGGAUAAUGAUCAACUGAAGGAGAAAUCAUGUGAUGAUGAAAUUUCAAAGGAUGAAAAAAAAUUAACAGAAUCAUUUUAUCAUCAUAAAGCUAUACCUAUGGCUAGAUAUUUUAUGGGAUCUUUUCUACAUAAUAAAUCUAUAUACAUAUUAGGAGGAUAUAAUGGCCUAAAAUCAGAAAGAUUAAAUGAUUUGUACAAAUUUGACAUACAUAAAAGAAUAUGGUUUAACAUCUCAACAUGUAAUAAUUUCACAAAAAGAAGUAGUAUGAACACACAUUUUUAUAAAAAUGCUAUUUACUGUAUUGCUGGAUUUGACGGAAAAAACUCCCUCAAUGAUGUAUACGCUUUAAAACUAGAUGAAGUCUACAUCGAACCACCUUCCCUCAUACAAUACUACAAAAUCAUGGUUAAUAAUUAUAGAUAUGCUGAUGUCAUUUUUGUCUUACAAAAUAAGUAUAUCUAUGGAUGUUCCUGUAUUUUGCUGGCUAGGUGCCCCAGCUUUAAGUCUCUAUUCGAUUUGUGGGUUCCCGGUUCCGGACCGAUUGGUGAGAAAGGGGAGACCAGAAAAACUGCUAGGGAAUGUGCUCUGAGGGAAUCAUUCACAGAAGAGCUUUUCCAAAAUGGGAAUUCGCAAAAUGGGCUUACACAAAACGGGUUAACACAAAACGGGCUUACACAAAACGGGCUUACACAAAUUGAGUUCCCACCAAGUGACGAAGUAACAAACGAAUUUUCAAAUUUUAUGGUAAUCCCAAUUUACGACACACAUUACGAUAUAUUUUUAAUAGUAAUAAAUUACCUGUACACAGAUGAGCUAUCUAUGAAUUAUUCACUUGACACCUACAUGCAUAUUGUGUUGUACGCCUAUAAAUAUGGUAUUUUCAGACUAAUGCAGUUAUGCGAACGUUCCAUUGGUUAUUAUGUAAAUGAAACAAAUGUAAUGGACAUUCUCAUAUUGAGCUACAGAAUCAGUUGUAAACAAUUAUGUAUAUCUUGUAUCGAUUUUAUAAUUAAUAAUAAAUUACUUGACGAGGCAAAAAUUAAUAGACUCACUUUGGAGCCUUAUUUAUUGGGUGAAAUUUACAAAAAGUGGAUUUUCAACUGA